CCUUUUUCUUCAACCUGUAACUCUGAAACAGUCCUCAAAAUAGCGCCGCCGUACUACCGCCGCACCUCCUUAAUGCUCAAUUUCACCGCCGUCUUCAAACUCCGCAGAUGAACAGCCUCUCAGAAAACUUGAAUGUGUCAAAAAUUCCAAUAGUUGAAGAUGUAGAGAAGAAAUGUGUAAAAAAUAUUCAACAUGAGGAACAUAGGGUUGUUGAUUAUACUUAUACACCACAUUUAGAUAUGGAGUUUGAAUCCGAGGCCGCGGCUUAUGAAUUUUAUAAUGAGUAUAGUAGGGUAACUGGAUUUGGUAUUCGUCGAGAAUAUGGAAACAAAAGUAGAAAAGACGGAACUUUGACUUCGAGAAGAUUCACGUGUUUUAAAGAGGGUAUGCAGAAUGUUGACAAACGGAGAAACUUGAUAAAAGAGGGUAGAGAGGGUAGAGUAGAAACUAGAACGGGAUGUGAUGCUCGUAUGGUUAUUUCACUUGAUCGAAAGAUUGGGAAGUAUAAGGUUGUUGAUUUUGUGGGUCAGCAUAAUCAUGCUCUUCUACCGCCGGGGUAUGUUAAUAUGGUUCGCUCCCAUCGACGCAUAUCUGAGUCACAGACGUCUCACAUUUUAGUGGGUGAGAAGAAAUCUAGAUUGAAACAAAAAGUUUUUCGAAAAGAAGUUUCUAAUGAAGUUGAUGGAAUGGAUGGUAUUGGUUGUACGAGACAAGAAAGUAAGAAUUAUCUUCCGACUAGAAGGAUGCGGUCGCUAAUGUAUGGUGAGGUGGGUGCUUUGUUGAUGCAUUUUAAACGACAAAGUGAAAAUCCUUCGUUCUUUUAUGAUUUUCAAUUAGACGUUGAACAACAAAUAACAAAUGUAUUCUGGGCGGAUGCACAGAUGAUAAAUGACUACGGAUGCUUUGGUGAUGUCGUCACUUUUGAUACAACAUACAAGAUAAAUAAGGAUAAUCGGCCAUUGGGAGUAUUUGUUGGAGUAAAUAAUCACAAGCAAAUGGUUGUUUUUGGUGCAACGUUGCUAUAUGAUGAAACGGUUCCUUCUUUUCAAUGGUUAUUUGAAACUUUUCUCCAAGCAAUGGGUGGAGAAAAACCUAAAACCAUUCUAACGGAUCAAGAUUCAGCAAUGGCCACGGCUAUUUCUUUAGUUAUGCCUGAAACGUUUCAUGGAUUGUGCACUUGGCGUAUAAGAGAAAAUGCCAUGAGGCAUGUGGACCAUCUGUAUCAAAAGGGUUCACAAGUUUGCUCGGAUUUUGAAGCUUGCAUUGAUCUACAUGAAGAAGAAGGUGAGUUUUUGAACGCGUGGAAUGUUUUACUUGCUGAACAUAAUGUUCUUAAAGAUUCAUGGCUUCAUUCAAUUUUUCAACUGAAGGAAAAAUGGGCAUGGGCGUACGUUAGAAAAAAAUUCACAGCAGGUAUGCGGUCUAUUCAAUUAAGUGAAAGUUUUAAUUCUGAGUUGAAAAAUCAUCUGAAGUCAGAUUUAAAUUUAGUACAAUUUUUCACACAUUUUGAAAGAGUUGUCAAUAAACAACGGAACAUUGAGUCAGAAGCCGAUUACAAGUCAAGACACGAGUUGCCUAAACUGAAAAUGAAAAGGGCUCCUAUGCUUGUACAAGCCGGAAAUAUUUACACUCCAACAAUUUUUGAAGAAUUUCAAGAAGAGUAUGAAGAAUAUCUAGGCACUUGCGUAAAGAAUUUGGAAGAAGGGCUGUAUGUUGUUACAAACUAUGAUAAUAGUAAGGAGCGGAUGGUAAUAGGGAAUCUCGUGGAUCAAAAUGUUGUUUGUGAUUGUCAUAAAUUUGAAACAUAUGGUAUCUUAUGCAGUCAUGCUUUGAAAGUUUUAGAUGUUAUGAAUAUUAAGUUAAUUCCUCAUCACUAUAUACUGAAGCGAUGGACAAGAGAUGCAAGGUUAGGAAAUAAUCAAGAUUUAAAAAAGAAACAUAUUGAAUUGGAUAUAAAAGCUCAUUUCAUGGAGCGAUACAAUGAGUUAUGUCCCCGAAUGGUUAAACUGAUCCACAAAGCUUCAAAGUCUCAUGAAACUUACACAUUUUUAUCCAAAGUUUAUGAAGAGUCCGAUAAAACAAUUGAUGAUAUGUUGACUAAAAAGUUUGUGGGUGGAGAAUCACUUGAAACGCGUCAUGCAUCCGUAUCCAUUGGCAAUGAAAAAAUUGACAACAAUGUGGAAACUGUUGAUGUUGAUGGAGAAAAGAGUAUAAAGAAGCUGAGAUUGUUCAAAUAACGUUAAAAAACAGUGUUGAACAUAAUUGAGAUGUCCCAGUAUCCAUUACUCAGAUCACAACAUCCAGAAGAUGUGGGUAGCAGCAUCAACAGCAGGCAGCAGCAACAUUAUUCAUCUUACAGAGUUGCAAAUUCGAGGUGAUGUUCUCGUGGAUUCUCUGAUGAAAUGAAAGUCAUUGAUUCCUACUUCUCUUGUAUUGAUGUGCAUUUCUGAUCUUUAUUAUCUGAAAUGCUUAAACAAAAAGUGGCUUCAGCGUCUCUCUUCUCUUGAAAACAUUGAGAUUUCAUAUUGUCGCCAGCUUGAAUCAAUCUUUACGAGAAAAGGACUGUAUGCCUCUCUUUCAAUACUGACUUUUAAGUGCUGCCUUCUACUACAAGCAAGCUGUCAAAACAAUGGAGGGAAAGAGUGGCCUUAGAUUGCACAUAUGAAUCAUCAGGUAGAAGAGGGACAAGACAUAUCUUACAUCUGUUAUAGGUACUAUAGAGUUCACUCGUCACUCGCUUAUACAACAUCGCUUCAGUAGGUUGUAUUCUUGGAGAACUAUUGCCUGGCAAAGUUACUAUGUUUUGUACCCUUUUUACUUCUAUACCUUUAUUUGAUGAUUAAUCAUAUUUAGGUUUAAUUUUACUGAAAGAUGAUACACGAUUCUAUUGGCUUGAAUUAUAAUUUGGUUAGAGUGUAGAGCACUGUUGAACUUUGAACUGUUAGAUUUUUUAUGUGCAAUUACUAGUACAAUGAAAACAUGCCAGAAUUGGCAGGAUCUGAAUAAUCAACCUUAAUCUGUUUUGGAUGGUUUUAAUAUUGAAUACAUGCAGUCAUUUUCAUCUAUAUUAUUCCUUUAGCUAAAAGAUACCAUAAAGAUUGAACAAGAAAAGAUAGACUUCAUUUGGUAUAAAUCUAUGUUGAUAUUUUGAGAAUUGAUAUAAGAAGAUCUGUGACUAUAUGGAACAUGUACUAGUUAUCUGUUGCUUUUCUUCUAACUUCUGAAUGCAUUUUCUAAAUUUACUUGUGUGAGACAAAAUUAUUCUAAAAUAUUAAAUUAAUUUUAAUAUGUUUGAAUAUUGUUGAGUAAAAUUAUUUUUUACUUCUAGAAUCGAUUCCAUCUUAAAAUUUAGAUUUAGUUUUUAUCUUCAACAUGAUUUUUAAUUACGCACUACGCGCAAUAAAGCUCGGUAAAACGGUUCGGUUCAUAUAAAACAAUUAAAAAUAAAAAGACUAUGACUGAUCAAAAUGCGACUGAACUCAAAUUCGGAAAAAAUUGACUAACCUACCAAAAUGACCUAUGCACACCGUAGUUUCGUAAAAUAGUCCAAUAAAGUUUUGAAACUUGAAAAAAUUGUCCACAGAAUAUACAUGCAAUUGGAGAAUGAUUCAACCAGUCUGUUUAUAAAAUUGCAAUUUUAUUUUAUGCGCAACGGAAUUAGUUGUCUACAUUUUUAGAAAAGUCGGGUUAAAAUUGGGGUAUGACACUAUUCCAACGUCAGGUGGUCCACAGGACGAACCCGCUUUUGUGCCAGUUGAUUAACCUUAUAAAUCCACGGGUGAAACACAUGGUAACGCAAAUCCUAGUGACAAACCUGUCGUGGUUGAUGAUCAUCAUGUUGAUACACCUGUUAUUGAUAAGUUUUUUGAUGAUGUUGUCGAUGAUAACUAUGUCCCUGGUGGAGACUUUGUUGAUGAUAUCCUCAAUGAGAACCAUCAAAAUGUAGAGGUUGGGGUUCAAAGCAAAAGGAGUGUGGAAGAUGAUC